UGGGUAUCUGCAAUGCCCCUGCGACCUUUCAGCGGGCCAUGAACAUGACUUUUCAGAACUUCGUACGGAAGACUCGUUUGGAUCAGAGCAUCAUCAACUACUGCGUGAUUGUGUACAUGGAUGACAUCCUAGUGUAUUCGAGUUCCUACGAGGGACACGUGCAGCACAUCGAAUGGGCACUGCAUGAGUUACGAGAUGCAGGUUUCAAGGUGGCGCUUGAGAAGUGUCAAUUUUUCCUCACCACCAUUUCUUUCCUAGGACAUGUGGUGAAAGACAAGGGACUCCAACUGGAGCCGCACAAGGUGGCAGUUGUCAGAGACGCGCCAGUGCCUACCACUAUCACGCAAGUUCGCGCCUUUCUGGGCCUAGCUUCGUAUUACCGAAGAUUUAUCAAGGGCUUCGUGACGAUUGCGGGACCCCUCACAAAUCUCCUGUGCAAGGAUCAGUCGUUGAUCUGGACGCCGGAGUGCGAUCAAGCGUUUUUCAAACUCAAGGCUGCUCGUAUUUCGGCUCCAGUCCUUAUAAGACCGGACCCCGAAAAACCUUUUGUUCUCAUCACCAACUGGCAGCCAGAGGCGAUUUCGGCAAUCCUUGCCCAGGUGGGACCAAGCGGACUCGAGAGUGUGGUGGAGUAUGCGUCCAAAUCAGUGCCCGCCUGCAAACACAACUACGCCGCUCCGACGGGAGAAUGCUAUGCGGCUCUCUGGGGAAUCAGUCGCUUUCGUGCUUGCCUAUACGGACGAAGAUUCACCCUGGUAACUGAUCAUGAGCCCUUGUUGGCUCUGAAAAAAUCGAAGGAUUACUCGGGCAUGAUAGGGCGAUGGGCAACGGUGCUGCAGAGCAUGGACUUUGACAUCCGUCAUCGGAAGCACGAGAGACACGGGAACGCGGACGGAUUGACACGAUUGCACCGGCCAGAGAAAGUUCUGAAGAGUGAAGAGGUGAUUCCGUGGAACGAACCAAAACAGGAGAUCGGGCCUCGGUACGGCCAAGUGAAGAUCCUGUCGAAGUAAUUUUCUGGCUGUUUUCGCAUUGUCGAGCUCGGACCCAACGGCGCUAACACGUGGACUUCGUGCUUGGAGGAACCUAGGGACGAGGAUACGCUACCAUCGCGGCAGGAGUAUCUGAAGCCAUACGAGAUCACACCUUACGCCUUCUACCCGAGGGCAGAAGAAGUGGUGAUUGACAACGACGACGAAGAAGACGACGACGAAGAAAACGAUGACGAAGAAGACGACGACGAGGAAACAUCGGAGGAGGGAAGCCAUAGUGAACAUAACGAGGGCGAGCUGAGUGAGGAGGAAGAGAAAGAAGAAGGAACCGAAUCCGAGUGGGAAGCCCCGCCGGCGGAAGCGACACGUACGGGAACGGAGGCGGAAAAUCCGGAAGCGGCGCGAAAGCGCGAAGAGAUUGCCUCCGGAAAGCGCCAGCUGGAGUCCGCUAGCAAAGCCAGCCUGCGCAUCGAUAGCAAUCCGACCAGGGAGCCAGAGCCACCGAGGCCCGAAGAUGGCGGCCCUGCAGCCGCCACCUCGAGUACCACGCGACGGAGACGGCGUCGGUCCCCAUCCUCCUCCAGCCCCACCCGUCCCCCAGUUCGCCCACGUACCGAUGCGGGCGAUAGGCCUUCGUCCUCAGACGCUGUCCCGCCGGCCCCUUGAUUUCCUCACCCUCGAGCAGAUCCGUACCCCCAUCACCUUCCCUUCCCACCCUUUCCAUCCCCAUCU